AAUAAACAUGGCUGCGAAAUGAUGAAAUCGUGUGAAACUCUUUGAGACUUUGUUUCUGAAAUAAUUGAUUUUCGUUUAUUUUGGGAUGCUGUGAUGUAAGGUUGUGCAAUGUGUCGUAUUAAAGUGUUGCGAGUCCCGGUUAUUGCACAAACAGGAGAACAGACAGAGGCAGUAGCGGGUGUCGCUAAGGUAGUGGCACGAAGCGGAAUAGGCUAAGCGCUGACAACACUUAUUAAUAACAGAGUGGAAGAAUUCUGAAGAUGGGUGCAUCAAAGAGCACCCUUAGUCAGACCAUACAGGAGACCAUACAGAACUCAGAUCUGCUGGAGGCUAAGCUUAUCUUGGAGAGUAUUGCAUCAGGAGACCAGCCAGAACAGUCACAUGGGACAGCAGGGGAUGGAGCUUCGGUUGCCAGUGGGUCUGUGAGCAAAGAGCAGCUGCUGAAGUUGCAGAUCCCCCUGCCAAUGGAAUGGACCAGUCUGCUUCAGAACAAGCGUACCCAUGUCAUUGUGGCAGCAGACAAGAGUGGAUCCAUGUCGGGUAACCCAUGGCGACAGGUACAGCAGGCCCUACUGUACAUGAUCGGAGAUGUGGCCAGUGUAAACCCCAGUGUGGCCCUGGAUGUGGUCAUCUACAAUGACAAGGCUUCCCUACUGCAGUAUGCAGGGUCAUACCAGGAUGCAGUGAAUAGAGUAAAUGCUGACGGUAUGACCAGUUUUGCAGCAGCGUUCAGUUGUAUCAAGGACUGUUUGAAGACUGAAAUACAAGGUACUCCUGUCUCUAAGACAGUGGUGGUGUUCAUGACGGACGGUGCCGACACAUGUAACCGUGGAGCGGACAUCGACCGCUCAGUCAGGAGCUGGAAGGAGGCCCUCGCCAGACUAGGCCACGAGGCGAUAGUUCACGUGGUUGGCUUCAGCGCCCAGCACGACUACAACUUCCUUGGUCGCCUGCGGAAGACGGGAACCACCGCAGGCUUGUUCCGCUACACGGAGCCUAGUGACGGGACAGAGGCCCUCAAGGCCAAGCUGCAGGAGCUCUUUGACUUUGUGGCUCUGAGUGCUGGUAGGGAGGUUGAUAUGCUGAUGAAGCUAGAAGGAGAAGACAGGUUCUACACACCAGAUGGCAGCAAGCAGACUGUCACCAUCAAGGGGGAAGUAGUAGUGGAGGAGCAAGAGGAGGAGAGUACAGAGGAGGCAGAAGCUGCAAGCAGUGCAGAGGGUCAGAAGAGGCUCCUGGUCCAGGCAGACACAUGGGUGGUCAUGGCUGACCCUGUGACCUUGCCACAAGUCUCCAUCACCUUGAAGAUGCAGGUGGCUCAGCAGGACCUGGAGCUGCCCUGUCUGGUCAAGGAGACCUCACGGGAGCUGGUCAAGGCACCUGCAGACAAGGUUUUGUGGGCUGUGCGGGUUUUGGAGAGAAAUGCAGAUUCUCUGAGUGUCCGACUGUCCAAGGCUAUCACCAAUAGUGGAGAUGGGGGCACAUUUGACCAACUGGAGAAACGUCUGACUAGACUACAGGACAGAGUGACCAAUGUCCAGGUGUAUGGGCACAAGGGAAUGGACAAGGAACUCAGGAGGGCCCUCUUGGAACAUCUCAAGGAACUGCAGGGAAAGAUUGACCGUAUGCACAGUCUGGUAGCCGACUUCAGGAGAGCCCAGGGGUCGUCUGUGUCACUGUUGGCAAAGGCCAACGACCUCAGGUUCUCCACACAGUUCACCAAGUCCCGCCGUCAGCGCAUCAUGGACAAACGUGUCAGCAAGAACGUGUCAGCUGUACAGGAGGCAGCAGCACAACUGAGCAUGCUCAGAGUGGACCAAUCAGAGACAGCCAACCUGUCCCAAAAUGCACUGGACUUCUUUCACUGUGUGCUGUCACAGUACAAUGUGAGGGAGCUGUUGGAGGAUCCUGAUGACAACUCUGAUGUUCUGGGGUUUGGACUGGCCAUUAAAAGGUCUGAACAUGCACUGGAUGAGCCAACAUUGCUGUACAUCCAUGGUGUGAGCGGCUCCCUGGUGAGCAGGACCUCUAUACUGGAGGCACUGGAGCACAAGAUACAGCUGAGCGGCCACCUCAGUGCACACGGGGGAUUCACCUUCGACCGGCAUGCCGAGCUGGGGGUGGCCACUGUUGGACAGGCAAGGGAGCCAAUCAACUCAUGGCUGCCCCUGUACAUCACCAAGUCUCACUGGGACAGGGUGAAGUUGCUUCUAGCCCCAUCCCUGGGGUACCUCUGCACCCUGGAUCCUCUGGGCUUUGACCCCAAGCAGCAGGACGUCCUGCUGAUGGUGCUGGGGAACAUGAUCAGCCGGCUAGAUCCGGACACAACCGGUCAGCACCAGCUCAGGCUGCUGUUUGCCUUCCACAGGACAUGUGCAGCAAUGGUGGCAGACUUUGGAAUGGCAGAGGCUGUUGAGGAGAAGGUUCGGAACUUCUGCAGCUCCAUUCAAGGUCGCACCAAGGACGUACUUGCCAACCUCUACACCCUGAUUGGCUCAGUCGUUUGUCUUCCAAGGGAGACACUGAAGGAUAUCUUUGGAGAAAAUGGAGAGAAGUUGGGCAGUUUCUGGGUGUCGUUCAUUGCGGAGGCGUACCGCAGGGCAGCAGGACAGAUGUACAAGGACACGUCCGAUAAUGUGGUGGAUGGACUUGUCGACUGCCUACUGCAUGGGGAGGGACAAGGUGUGAUUCAGGGUGGAGCCACCCAGACAGAACCUCCCAUCUCAGGCCCUACAGAAGCGCUGCUCACCAGGUGCCGGGAGGUGGCCAGCUGUAACACUGCUCAGCCAAUCAAGGUCGAUGCACCCGUGUUUGACCCUGCCGCUGGGGUCACUGCCCCGGAGGUCAAGGUCAAGACGAGCAGAAAGGUUGACAGAGCCAUGGAGAUCUGGGCUAAGGAAAAGCUGGGAUGUCCUCUGAGCAAGAAGGAUGAUGUGACCGCUGCUAAGAAAGUUGUGACACGCUGGCUAGACUUUGGACCUCAAAGUGUCGGUGGUGCUCAGAUAGAGGGAGAGAAGGAAGCAGAGAAGGAUGACUACAACCCUGAACUUGUCACACAAUCAAUCGUCAACACAGUGGCACAGCUCCUGAACAAGCUGCAAACAAGACUGACCCCACAGCUUGCAGCACUCCCCAGCUGCAUUUCCUUUGUGAACCACUGGGUGUCCUCGCAGUACUGCUUCAGUGAGGUGGACAGGAACAGUGGGCUUGCCCUGGAGACGUGGAUCUCAGAGGUGAAGGAGGCCAUCAAGACAACGUUCAGUACUGUGGCAGAAGAUGAGGAAGCUGAGCCAGAGGAGAUGCCAUUGGGUACCAAUGUGGAGGAGGAUGGGGAGGAGGAAUCUGAUGAUGGCUUUGAUGAUGAUGAUGAUGACACAGUUGGAAAGGCCCAGAAGAGGAAGAGCAGAAUGAACACCAAGAAGAAGGCAAGGUUCCACCUGCCAUCCCUGCUGCAACUAGUUGCCCCUGGGAAGGACUCCACCGUGCUGUCCCGUGCGAUGGUGUGCCAGGUCCUGUGUUACUGCUCCAACAGCAAGGCCAGACAGGCAGCCAAGAGUGGAGUCAUGUUGGAUCUUGGGCAGCUAGAUGCUGCAGCAAGUCCAGCUGUGCUAACCCUGCAGCAGCUCCACCGCAGCUUGCUGCAGCGCAGGGAACACGUGCUGCAGGCCAUGAUCGAGCGCUCCAUCAAACAGAGAGCAAACUACUGCAUGUUGGAGGCCAGCACUGUGUGGGCUUUUAUUGGUUACCUAAUGAACACUCACAAGGAGAGAGAUGACGGGUUCAUUGACCUCAUCCAGAUGCUGAUGUCACCUGACCGGCAGCAGCCCAUCCCAUUGGUUGGUGAGAAGGUGCGGAUCCUGGUAACCGGGCAGUACGAAGGGAAGGCGGUUCUCUCCUACGGAAAUGUCUGGCUGCCCGAGAGGAAGUACAGCCAGGCAUUGGCUAAGGUUGUGGGGGAAGAGGCCUGGGGUGAGAUUGAGGUAGAGGUGCGGUCAAACGUGUCCGUUCACGUGUACAGGGAAAGCGACAUCCCCAACCGCCACGGACACUGCAACUCCAACCCUUACAUCCCCAAUGAGCUACGUGCCAGGCUUGGAAUGCCGUUACUGACCAUCAAAAAUACGAGGAAGGGAAAGAAGAGGAGAUAGCAGAUUUAUCUCAUAUAGCACAUCAUUCUUGUUGUCCAAUUAGUCCAAUAUAUAUGCAGCCACUCUGUGUUGUGUUGAAUGUCUUUUACCUACAAUAUAUUAUAUACAGCAUCAUACUGAAAUUUUAUUGUGAAUACAUGUAUUUACAAACAAAAUAAUGCUAAUAGAGCAUGUGACUUUUGUCUAUACCAUAGUAGUUCUAGUGACUUGUAAAGUAUGAUACUGUGAUUACUAAGAGAAGUCAGACAUUCCACUUUUACAAAUCCUGUGCUGAAAGUGAAAGAAAUUUUACAUCAGGACUCUGACAUUAAUUUGUAUCGCUAUUGCAUGGAAACAUUUGUUCACAAGGAUGAUAAUCAAUAGAACAAAAAAUAUGUUUUUACUAUUUUUGAUUUCUAUAUAAUUAAUGUUUCCAGGAUUAGCAUCCUAGGUAGACUAUUUGCAUGGUAGAGACUAAGCUGCAAAAUGUUCAAGAUGCACCUAUUACAAAAAAAUCUCAUAACACAAGGUGUGUAAAAUGUGCAAUAGAUUAUUUAAGUCCAUUUACAAAUUUGUAAAUUAGAAAAUAAAUUUGUAUGUACCAUAUA